AUUCGACUGGGAGCACAGUGAGCGAUCCCUGAAAGUUACCAUGGCUACAAACAGCGGCCAACUAUCCCUGGAAGAUGUCGACAGAAUCACUUCCAUUGGACAGGCGUGUAAGUGGAUUGACAAACUUGGCAUCAGCAAUACAGAACGCAAUCUGGAUAUUGAGCGGGCUAAACUGAUGAUCAAAAACCACAUACAGAAUUCUCGAGGGUCUGCUCCCACACAAAGGAAGGCUCCACCUAUGGCUGACCGAGACACAACCACUGCAGCUAUGAAAGAAGACUUAAACUUGAGGCAAAAGCUCAAGGGUAUAUACAAGGAAGCCCAGUCCUAUGCGAAAUCAUUGCCUGACAUUUUCAAA